GGCAAAAAAGAAGAAGUCCAAAAUGGUUGUUGAUGCCAAUGGAGAUGCUGACUACCCAGUGAUCCUAACUCACAUCCAACAGAGAUGUCUGAAUCCACAAUUGGACCCAACACAACAAAAAGAUAGCAUGGUGCACAUUCUGUCACAUGAGGGACCUGCAAAAGGAAUUCCUGUUUUUAGGGUGCACCAAAUACCAGAUGAAUCUGCCUUUGUAGCACAGCAUAGAGCCAACUUACCUGCUGCCACAUUUGUUGCACAACCAGCACAAGGCCCCCCACAAGGUAGCGGAAGAGGAGCAAGAGGAGCAAGAGGUUCUGGAACAGCAAGCAAAAGUAGAGGUGCUGCACCAGCAGGUAGAAGCAGAGGAGCAAGAGGUGUUUCACCAGCAGCCAGAGGAGGAAGAAGUGUUGCACCAGCAACCAGAGGAGGAAGAGGUGCAGCAAAGAGAACUUCAACAUGAGCAAGGGGGAAGAACAAAGAAAACAACUAAAACAAGGGGAAUGGAGUGGCUCCUGUUUGGUGAAGGAUCAAGCAGAAAUGCUCCAGCAGAUGAACAGGAGAAAACAGAAUUCCAAUCUACACAAGGAGCUCCAGCAACUCCUCUAGCAGAUGAAGAGUGAAAUGCUUUUAUUUUUUUAUGUUGUAGAACUAUGGUACUUAAGACUGCAACAUCUUUUGUGAUGGCCUUUUGGUACAAAACUUAAACUUGUUAGCCCUAUGUAAUGGUAUGUUCGUAUGUUGCUA